GAUGACGUUAAGCAGGAAGCAGGAGCUGAACACGCGUUUGCACUCGAGCUGUGAAUGCAGCCUGUCUGAACUUUGUUUUUGAUGCCGGCACUGAGGAAGGCAGCAUCAUGGCUAACUCUCUGGGAAAGAUGGGUUUUCACAAUCAGAUUAUUCUAGCACCUAUGGUGCGCGUCGGCACUCUACCAAUGAGGCUUCUGGCUUUGGACUAUGGUGCAAAUAUUGUGUUCUGUGAGGAACUGAUUGACAUCAAAAUGGCUCAGUGUCGGAGGAUAGUAAAUGAUGUUUUGGAAACAGUUGACUUCGUAGCUCCAGAUGACAGAGUGAUGUUCCGGACCUGUACUAAGGAAAAGGAGCGUGUUGUCUUUCAGAUGGGAACCGCAGACCCAGAGAGAGCAUUGACAGUGGCCCUACUUGUUGAGAAUGAUGUGGCUGCUAUAGAUGUGAAUAUGGGCUGUCCAAAAGAAUAUUCCACCAAGGGAGGAAUGGGAUCUGCUCUCCUGUCUAACCCUGACAAAAUUGAGGCUAUUCUGACCACUCUUGUGAGAGGGGUUUCAAAACCAGUUACGUGCAAAAUCCGGAUCCUACCGACAAUGGAAGAAACCGUGAGUUUGGUGAAGAGAAUUGAAAAGACAGGAGUGGCGGCCAUAGCUGUGCAUGGCAGGAUGAAGGAGGAGAGGCCAAGGCACCCAGUUCACUGUGACUACAUUCGAGCCAUAUCUGAAAGCGUCUCCAUUCCGGUUGUAGCUAGUGGUGGCUCUCUGGAUAUCAUAAAAACAAAUGAUGACAUAGAGACGUUCCGUGAGGAGACAGGCGCGUCCUCUGUCAUGUUAGCUCGGGCUGCUAUGUGGAACCCAUCAAUCUUCCGGAGCCAGGGGGCGUUGUCAGUGGACGAGGUGAUGGAGGAGUAUAUCAAAUAUGCUGUUCGCUAUGACAACAACACAUUCAAUACCAAAUACUGCCUGUGCCAGAUGCUCAGGGACAGGGUGGAAUCCCCAAUGGGCAAACGGCUCCACGCUGCACAGACCAAUGAGGAGAUCUGUGAGGUGUUCGGAAUGACUGAUUACUAUCAGAUGACCCAGGCUGAGCUGGAAGCCCGGAGGUGGGUCCUACAGGCCACCAGCAGCCCAGGGCACCAGCCUGCAGUGGAUGGUGAUGUCAUCACUAUGGCUGUCAGGUUUGAAAGGAGGGAAUAUCCCCCUCAGAUAACCCCAAAGAUGUAUUUGCUGGAAUGGAGCCGAAAAGAGAAGUUGGAGCAGCCUGUGUAUGAGACGGAGCAACGCGCCCAAGACAGAGCUUUCCAGUCUACAGUUACCGUGGCAAAGAAGAAGUAUCGGUCCACCCUGUGGGAGAAGUCUAAGAAAUUUGCUGAACAAGCUGCUGCCAUUGUAUGUCUACGCACACUUGGAGUACCUGAGGGCCUUAUCAGAGAGGGGAACUCAAGUCUGGUAAACAAGAGAAAGAGAGAGGAGAGACGACACAGUGCAUCUGAGGAUACUGGCAUCACAGACUCAACAAACAGGAAAAGACGGGUCACCGAAGAAUCCCAGAAAGAGGAACAGGAAUCAAGUGACAAGUCGAUGGUAGUGAAUGGUGUACCACAACCAUGACCAAAGAACACUGCUCACCUUUUGAACUCGGAGGAUUGUGUCUGCUGCUUUGUGUUUGUGAUAAUGCUGCACAUCAUCUCUUACCGUCAUGUACAGAGAUUUCUUGUCAACUUGAGAGGAACACCUGCAUGUUCUCUCACACGCACUACACAGUCCUUUUAUUUAUUUUGUGUGUGUGUGUGUGUGUGUGUGUGUGUGUGAGAGAGAGAGAGAUUGAGAGAGAUUGAGAGAUGCUUGAGCAUGCCUUUUUAGUUUUCAUUUCAGUAACUAAGUGUUCCAUACACCAAAAGGGGGCAGCCUAGUAACCUUUCAUUCCUCAUCUUUCGAAUGAAAUUUAAAUUACCAACUAUGGCUGAGAGAAUACUCCUUUUCAAGAACUUCCUGUACUGGGCUGUCCUUUCUCAAGGACAUCGAAGUUUUGAGCUGACUUAUACUUUUAUGUAUGGUGUAAUAGAUGGAGUCCAUGUGUAUAUUACAAUAAUUUUUUAUUGAAUUAAAACAUUUUACUUUCAUUAGUGGGUUUGGUAGUUAUCCUUUUUUCCCCUUGCAGUUGCUGAAAAAUGAUUCAG